AUGAAUGCAGAAAGUGAGAGAAAGAGGUCUGUCGAUGCAGUAUCACAGCACGAACCAGCUUUCAAAAAGCAUAAACCACUCGAAGAAUUGAGCACAGAAGGUCCGUUGACUCAAGCUGAUGUGGUUUACUUCAAAAAGGAAGCCAUAUGGCGACAAAUGAAUCAGUAUAAACUGCAGGUACUUCAGUUGAAAACUGAGGUGCUGAAGUUGACUAAAGAAUCCGAGCUUCAGAAGCAUAUAGUUGGGGUGCUAAGUUCUUGGUAUGAGGAGAUUAUCAACUUGUUUGAUGAAAUAGGCGAAGAUGAGAAUAUUUUAGUGUCUUUUAAUGAGUCAGAAGAUGGUGGUUUAGUGGAUAAAAAAUUAGAAGAUAUCAAAGUGAAACUUUCAAAAGCCAUUGCUUCAAAAGUGUCUCCAAGUUCAGACUUGGUGUCUCUAAAACAAGUAAGUUUACUAAAGAGUCAAAAUGAGAUUCUAGCGAAGGACAAGCAAUCCUUGUCGGAGAAAUUGGAUCUUUUACAGUUGGAAUUGCUUGAUUUGAUAAACACAACGUCAAGAAACGAGUCUGUUACAUUGAAACGAGUCGAUGAUAGUAGAAAGGAGAGUACAAGUGAAGAGGAAGUUAAAGAUGAACCUCAACAGAGUAAAGAAGGUGCAAACAGUGGUGAAAACAAAUCCGAGGUACAUGCCAAUGGUGAAAUUUCCUCUGAUGAUCAGAAUGGCAAAGCGAUAAUCGACACUGAAGUGUUGUCAAAUUUGAAUAAUGAAAUUGAACAAUUGAAAUUGGUGAAUAAAGAAUUACUUCGACAAAUAUCAACCCUUCGACAAGAGAAUCAAAGUUAUUUCGAAAAGUGUAAUCGUUUAGAAACCAAAUUGCAUAAUCUUGAAGAGAUUGAUUUGGAAGAAAAUGUUUAUUACAAGAAGUUGGUGAAGAAUAAUCAAUCCCUUCAAGAUCAAAUCAGUAAGGUUAAUAAAUUAAAUGCGGCAAAUAUUGCCAAAAUAAAUGAAUUGGAAAAGAAUCAAGUUAAUUUGAAGAAAGUAUUGGAAACUGAUUUGAUGAAUGAAAAUGAAAAUUUGAAGCAGCAAUUGAGCAAGAGUGAACAAGAUUUGGUAAGAAUAAGAACCACCAGAGAUGAAUUAUUAGCCAAAAAUACCAUCCUCACUAGCCAAUUACAAGACCAAAAGACAAACAAGUCAUUGCUCGAAUUGAAUGAGAUUUACUCUAAGCGGAUUGAUGAGCUGACCAAAGAAAAAUCAAAUUCAAACGCAGGUGCAAAUGCAAAUGCAGGUGUAGAUGCACCAGGAUCGUCAAGUGAUGUUGAAACGAUUCAAUUGUUGCGCAAAGAGAUUAAUGAAAUUGAACAAGCUUUUAAACAAACACGAGAAUUGACUUUCCAGAAAUUAAACUCAACCAUUGAUCAAGAAAAUCUUGUUAAAAAAUUGACUAUUGAAAAGACCAAAGCUGAUCAAAAGUAUUUUGCAUCAAUGAGAGUUAAAGAUUCAUUAACUAAUGAAAAUAAAGUAUUGAAACAACAGGUUGCGAAAUCACAAGAGUUAAUCAAGAACGUAAAUGAGCUAGAGACAACUUACUUGAACAAGAUUGAAAUUCUUACCAAGUCAUUGACUGAUUACAAAAUUAUUAAAGAAAAUUCUUUACAAGAAAAUUCCAAUUUACAAGAUGAGUUGAAAAAUGUCAACAUAGUCAAGGAUUCUUUACAACGAGAAAUUGAACGAUUAACUAGCAAAAUUGAUGAAUUGACUAUGGAAUUGAGCAACUUGAAGGAUUCUAAUCAAACUCAAUUAGCGACAAUUGUAAAAUUAAAUCACAAACUCAACCAUACAGAAGCAACCUUACAAAAGUACAAGAGCAACAAUACUAGUCUAUUACUACAAGAAGAUGAACAACAGUUGGAAGCGUUGAGAUCAAUUGCCAAAUGUUCGGUAUGUACCAAGAAUUGGAAAGAUACAGCCAUAACUGUUUGUGGACAUGUUUUCUGUUCCAGUUGUACUCAAGAAAGAUUGGCUGCUAGGUUGAGAAGAUGUCCUAGUUGCAACAAAGGGUUUUCAAGUAAUGAUUUAUUGACAAUUCAUUUGUGA